UAUGCUGACUGCCCAAUGCGUGGGCAUCCUAACAAACGGGUUGUCUACGAAACCUUACAGCAGGACUACCUGCUGUCGCUGGUGCAAAUCCAGGAACUCCAAGAGGAAUGCAGAUUGGGAAAUGCUCAGCUCGUCAUUUUGCUGGACAGCGUUGGUGCCUUGGACCUGGUUUACGGUGUGAGGGACCGCUGGAGCGGCUGCUGCGCGGCCAUCGUUUUUGCCACCGAGCUGCUCGUGCAAGGCCAGGCAUCAGAGCUUUCGCGGGCACAUCUUCAUGUUGACAAAGCAUUGAGAUUGAAGCCCUUGGGCCCAGAGGAGCAUGCCAGAUUCGGACUGGAUGGGAGCCAACAUUUCGACG